AUGUCUAGUCGCGUCGCGAUGACGGUUACGCAGUUCUUCCAACGGAUGAACAGCUAUUCUUAUGCGUAUGGCCCAGGUGGUGUGACAGGUCUGCGAAAGAACCCAUACACAUUAGCAAGUGCCGUGUUAGCGUCCUUUGGUGGUCUAUUGUUUGGUUACGACCAAGGUGUCAUCGCAAAUGUGCUAGUGAUGAGGGAUUUUAGACAAAGAUGGGCAAUGACGGACUGGCAGGAAGGUUUCAUGACCGCUAUGCUUGAGAUGGGUGCUCUGAUAGGCGCUUUACUAGCUGGUGUCCUUGCAGACCGUUAUUCCCGCAGACUUUCAAUCCUUUCUGCUUGUGUUGUGUGUGGUAUUGGAAGCACGUUUCAAUGCGCUGCUCAAAGCGUGCAACAUUUAAUUAUUGGAAGGACAAUAGGAGGGCUAGGCAUCGGAUCAUUGAGUAUGCUUGCUCCAUUGUACAUGGCAGAGAUAAGCCCGCCAGAGGUACGAGGUUCUCUCAUGGCGCUUGAGCAAUUUGCCAUUGUUCUUGGGGUAGUCUUUGGAUUUUGGAUGGGUUUCGUUACACGUGAAUUGACUGGUGCAAUUUCUUGGAGACUGCCCCUUGCCAUUCAACUAAUUCCGGCUCUUUAUCUUGCAAUUGGAUGCAUCUUCCUUCUACCAUCUCCUCGGCUUCUGAUCAUCCAAGGCAAGGAUGAAGAGGCAUUAAAGACACUUGCUAAGCUCAGACUUCGAACUCUGGGGGAAGGACUGAAUCUGUUGAAACUCGAAUUUUUAGAGAUGAAAGUCGAAGCUGAGUUUAUCAAACGCGCUACGGCUUCUGCUGUUGGCAAGAGCCCUAUCAAUACCGAAAUACAUGGCUGGAUGCGACUCUUCUCCCCUAAGUAUGUCGAUCGAACAAUGGUCGGUGUAAUCGUAAUGUUUUUCCAACAAUGGAGCGGAAUUAAUGCUCUGAUUUAUUAUGGUCCUCUUUUAAUGGCGCGAAUUGGUCUCGAUGGUGAUACUGCUGAACUUAUCGGGAGUGGCGGCGUUGGAAUCGUGCAAUUCCUCGCCGUUGUACCAGCGAUAAUGUAUAUAGACCGCCUUGGUAGGAAGUUGUUGCUUCAAUGGGGAGGUCUUGUUAUGGGAGCAGCACACCUUUGUAUUGCAUUGCUGGUUUAUCAUUACCAUUCUAGCUGGGCAUCGCAUCACUUUGCCGCAUGGGCAGCUGUGGGAUGUGUGUACCUCUUUACUGCAGCAUACGGCUUCAGCAUUGGACCUAUCGCGUGGAUCUUACCUUCUGAGGUUUUACCACUUUCUAUAAGGAGUCGGGGCACCGCCGUCGCGACAGCGUCGAAUUGGGUGAAUAACUUCAUCAUCGGACUCGUUACACCUCCCCUUUUAUCUUUCUCACCUACCGCUACGUUUGCUGUGUUCUCCAUCGCAUGCUUUGGCGCGGCCUUGUGGUCGCGGAUGUACGUACCCGAGACCGCGGGUGUAUCGCUAGAGGAAAUCGACCAGCUCUUCAAGUCUGAGGCGGGGCGGGAAGAUGCGGAGUUGAGACAAGAGAUUGCGAGGGAAGUCGGGCUGGAGGCCUUGAUCCAGGAGUUAUCUGCUGAUAACAAUGGUGACAAUUAAGCAGGUGGACUACAUAUACUAAUAUCGUACCAUAUUCUCAUAUAAUCCAAGUACCUUCUAAACUU